UAUUUCGUUAGAUAACAUUAUAGAUAAAAUUUGUAUUUAUAAAGCAACGACAAAGUGAUCUUACUAAUGCAUUGGUUGCACUGUGUACGAAUUAUAUCUUUCAUUUUUAUUAUAUUCGUAAUAUUAUAUUCGAUAUUAUUUCACAUAUAAUUUAUUUGAAUUUCCUCUACCUACUUUUGCCAACAUAACAAAUUACUACAGCUGUAUUUACAAAUUCGAAAUUUAAAGCAUAUUCUUAUCUGUGAAAGAGUAAGACGAUAAAAUGCCUUCUAAUCUCUAGACCGAAUAUUUCCUAAAUUUUACAUAUUCUCAAAAACAAACAAUUCACAACCUAUCCACGAAACGGUUAACUUGAAAAGUACACCAUUCGAUAAACAACGAUUCUCCAGAGUUCACCGUGAAUAUUUCAUUGAGAUCGCAGUACCCUCAAAGAUGGGGGAGGAGAGAUUGGACGUCGACCAACCUCUAUGGGAUCUUAGCACCUUCGUAGGCAGAUGGAAGCAUUUCUUGUGGCAAACUGAUUUCCGCACUUGCACCGUUGGUGAAUCCCAGUUGCUAGCAGCAAAGAAACUAUGCGAGGAUUAUAAACUUGGGAAGGAGCCAGCUGGUACAACCCGGGAGCAAAUCAUCUAUGCUAAGAAGCUUUACGAGUCGGCCUUUCAUCCCGACACCGGUGACCUGCAGAAUGUCUUCGGUAGAAUGUCCUUUCAAGUGCCAGGCGGAAUGCUUAUCACUGGUGCUAUGCUUCAGUUUUACAAAACAACCACGGCUGUGGUUUUUUGGCAAUGGGUGAACCAGUCGUUCAACGCGUUCGUUAACUAUACGAACAGAAAUGCCAACAGUCCUACGACCGUGUCUCAAUUAGGACUGGCAUACGUCAGUGCUACCUCAGCAGCCAUGAUAACGGCUAUAGGAUGCAAGUCCUUUUGGGCAAAACGGGCAAGCACCCUUAUGGCGCGCUACGUGCCGUUCGCUGCCGUGGCAGCUGCAAAUUGCGUCAACAUUCCCCUGAUGCGGCAGAACGAAAUCACUAAUGGAAUCGACAUCAGUGACGAGAAUGGCAAUAAGUUGACCAAGUCAAAAUUCGCCGCAGUUAAAGGUAUCAGCCAAGUAGUCAUCUCGAGAAUUGUUAUGUGUGCACCUGGCAUGUUGAUUCUACCACCCAUCAUGGAAAGACUAGAAAAAUAUGCUUGGAUGCAGAAGAUCAAAUUUUUGCACGCACCUAUACAAGUUAUGUUGGUCGGUUGUUUUCUGACGUUUAUGGUUCCUACGGCGUGUGCGUUAUUCCCGCAAAACUGCUCAAUUAAAUCUUGUGAUUUGGAACGCUGGGAGCCUGAAAAUUACGAACUUUUGAAGAAGAAUUGUAAAAGCAGAGAUAUACCCACAUACUUAUACUUCAACAAAGGUUUAUAAUUCAUAGAGACUGUAGUCGUGAUAAAAGAUCAUCGAGGGCGCUCUUUUUUAUUACCCUUAGGGGAUAAGCGAGCUAAUUAAUAAUGAAAUUGAAAUUUUCCCAUAGAAUAGUGUCGGGAAUAUUUUUAGUUUUCUGCUGGUUCAGAGGAUGAAGAGACAUUGUUUCGAGGAGAACAAUAAAUACGACAAUAUUGCAUUUCAAAUAAUUCUUGUUCUAUAUAGCAAUACAUUUUAUUUGUAAAUUUCAUAAUAUACAUGCUAAAUCAGUGCAUUUUAUUAUUCAUCGUGUAUGUUGAUCGGUAUCCUCUUGUGAUAGGAAUACCGAUAGAAUCGCUAACAUGUAAUUACCUUUUGUACACGAGACAUUUCAGACAGCAAUAAUCUGUUUCUACUAAACGCUCAAUCAUCUUGCUUUAAUUAAACUAGGUAAACAAACAUAUGUAUUUGUUAAUGAUAUCGUAAUAUUACACGUUGUAUUGUUAAACCUCUAUGUCAUAGAUCUUAAAACAACUGUCGAUGUUCUAUUGUUACUAUCUCCUUCAACUGUUAUACGUUAUAAAUGAAAACGCUGCCAUGUAUAUUUUAGUAAUAUUACAAUAAACACUUUGGAAACUGAA